GAAUGGAGGUUGAAAACUUGCGCACGCGCACUAUCGCCUACCUGCACCCGGGCGGCCAGUGACCUGGGCCGGGUCCUCCCUGUGAGCUAAAAUUGCGGAGGGGGCGGCAGGUGGCUCGGCGGAGCGGAGGGAGCCCGCUGACUGCCGGAGGCCGCUGUCGGGGCAAGGUGUCCUCAUGACUUCUCUUGUGGACCAUGUCCAUGAUCCUCUUUGCCUGCGUGGUAAGGGUGAGGGAUGGACUGCCCCUCUCGGCCUCCACUGACUUUUACCACACCCAGGAGUUCCUGGAAUCCAGGAGACGGCUCAAGACUUUGGCCUUGCGGCUGGCCCAGUACCCAGGCCGAGGUUCUGCGCAAGGACGUGACUUCAGCAUACACUUUUCUUCGUCAGGGGAUGUGGCCUGCAUGGCGAUCUGUUCCCGCCAGUGUCCCGCAGCCAUGGCCUUCUGCUUCCUGGAGACCUUGUGGUGGGAGUUCACAGCUUCCUGCGACGCCACGCGGGUCGGCCUCGCCUCCAGGCCGUACACCUUCCUCGAAUUCGACAGCGUCAUUCAGAAAGUGAAGUGGCAUUUUAACUGUGCGAGCUCCACUCAGAUGAGGAGCAGCUUAGAAAAGGUUCAGGAGGAGCUGGAGUUCCAGCCGCCGACAGUCCUCACCCUGGAGGACACGGACGCGGCCAACGGGGUGAUGAACGGUCACGCACAGAUGUGUUCGGAGCCUGCUCCAAAUUUCCGAAUGGAACCCGUGACGGCCCUGGGCGUCCUCUCCCUGGUCCUCAACAUCAUGUGCGCCGCUCUGAACCUCGUGCGCGGAGUCCACCUGGCGGAACACUCUCUGCAGGUCGCUCACCAGGAGAUUGGAAACAUUCUGGCUUUUCUUAUUCCUUUUGUAGCCUGCAUUUUCCAGUGCUAUCUGUACCUGUUCUACAGCCCAGCCCGGAGGGCGAAGGUGGCGCUGAUGCUGCUCUUCAUCUGCCUGGGCAACAUGUACCUGCACGGGCUGCGGAACCUCUGGCAGAUCCUUUUCCACGUCGGAGUGGCCUUUCUGUCUUCACACCAGAUACUGACGAGGCAGCUGCGGGACAAGCAGUUGGACUGUGGGGUGUGAGGCGUGGAUCCUUCGACUGUCGCGUGAGGGUCACCUGUGUUUCCCUUUCGGCUUCUCAACUUGACCUCAGGUUUCCAUCCUCGGAGUUCAUUUUGACCAAACUGGACUGACGGCGAGACUUGGGGCGUCUGCAGGUGCAGCUGGAGGUGUGAGGUCGUGCAGCGCCCAGGCCGGGCGUCAUGCUGGGCGCCACCGCAGGCUCUCCGUUCGGCAGGCUUUACUCGGACAGCGGGUGCAGGGGCUCAGUUCAGGGAGCGUUACUGGAAGGUCAGAAUGGGAUUGUUUCAGUCUUUUAAAUUGAAUGAUGCAAUAAACCACUAGAUUCAAUGAUACUAGUGUUAGUAAUUGGCAGUUCUCUCUGCGGAACCAUACGAGUUAAAAUGUGACUUGGUUAGUUUUUCAGAGGGUCGAUACAGGGUGAAUUAAAAACUUAAAAAUAUGGUUCAUGGAUAUCAGCAAGAUAAAUUUUGUUUACAACUUUUUGAUAACAUAGGUCCAAUAUAAUACCUUUAGAAUAGUUCAAUAUAUUUUAAGUAUAAACUGAACUUGUCUUUGUUUAGGGUAAAGAUGGACAUAAGCUGAUAAAAUGGUUAAGAAAGCUCAAUUUACUUAAUUUAUAUGUAACCUUUUAUAGUGGUGGGACUGUGGGUACGGAAAUGUUUCGUAUUUAUCUACAGGGUAUAUCUGAAUAUUUUACAAGUUAAUUGAGCAACCAGUGCUGCUGGAUUGUGCACUGAUAAGCAUGAGCAGAAAUGAGCACUUUGGGACUCCUCGCAGGGGUCACAAACUGGAGCAGGUGAGCCACACGGCCUCACAUGGUGGAACUUUACAGAUGGCAGAGGGUGGUGUCAUCAGCCUUGCACAUGGUGGCCGAGUGCCUGCCAUUUCAGCGAUGAUGAUGAAUGCUCAGCCCUGUGUCCCAGAAGACCCCCUAGUUGAACUGCCCCUCUACCCUUUUCCCAGUCCUCUGAAUUAGAACGAGGGCCUCAGUUUUUGUGAACAAGAGUUAAAAGUAGGUGUUAACUUUUUAAAGGCUUUAUAAAUACAGAAUUAACCCUGUGCUCUGAGAAGUUACUUUUCUUUCUGUCAUUGUCAAAGUAUGGAUUGACCGUCGUUGUCCAGAACGUGGCUGUGACUCAGACCCCUUAGGUUAUCCAGUACCAUUUGGGGGCCGGUUCGGGUUCUUGCCCUCGGACCGCUCUUGGUGGAAGUCUGGGGUCUGAAUAGCUCAGCCGCAGUGGCAUGGAGUGCUCCAGGUUGAAUUAUGUAGUCUUGGUAAAUUAAAAAGUGCUAUUUUGAUAGUGUGUGAAGGUUCUAGACCAUUGCAGGAGACACUGAGCACAGGGGGAGGGCAAGACUGCUGUUUCGGGGCAUGCAGUUGGGCUUAGCUAUCACUGGUGGUCAUUGUGACCGAGCUGCCUUGCUGUCUCUUUAAGAAAAACAAGUUCAUGUGACUGGGAACUGUUGGGGAAAUGUCGCCAGAGUAAUUUUAUUUUCCUGUAAUGUUUUAUUUUUAAUCAAAUGAAACAUCUGGAUCUGAACGUUCCAUUGGCAACACCCUCAGAAGGAAGCUUCACAGUUGUGUCUCCAUUGAGUGUGGAUCUGUGUGAUUUUCUGCACAGCCAGCCAGUGAAAUGUUCAGGCCUUCUGGGAGAUAACUUUGAAGAGACGGUAAAAUAGAGUGGGAAGCCCAGGAGGCGAGACGCGCCCUUUUAUGGCAGAAGCACAAAAAAAGCUGUAAAAGUUGGUCAGGACAGCUUACAGACGACUUGCUUUCUGUUCGAGCCCGUGUGCCGUCGGUGUUGCUGAGUGGCCCUGGACCUCAGCUGCUCUGGGUGCCCGGGCCUGUGGCCCACAUUCAGUAGGCAGUCCAGGUGGUGCUCGAUGCACACCCCCUCCUGGGAAGGCUGCCUGCGGGCGUGGUAUCCGUACUCGGUGAAUGGUGGGCUUCAUCAGUUGACAUCUGCUUGGGCACUGAGAUUUACUUUUGCAAGUUAAAGGGGAAGGAGACACCAGACAAGCAGUCCAGAAGAGUAGCCGCAUGAGCGCCGUUGAGGCUCACUUCACUGGAGGAAGAAACUCCCGACUAGAAAGAAGGUCCGGAGAUUUCAUCCGAGGGAAACCCCAGGCCCAGGGUCUACUCGGUCCAGGCCUGGGGUUCUGAGGCCUCCUGGGUCAUCCUCGAUGCCAGAGAGCCGGCUGCACGUGGCCGUAUUCCCACGUGGGCGCUAUUCUCACUCCCCCAGGGACGCAGGGCUGUGCCGGCACCUUUGUUUUCCCAGCGGUCCAGUGCCGCCUGCCCACCCCACCGCACAGGACGAGAUCUGGGAAUAGAUGAAAUAAACAAAACCUCAGAAGUGCCUUCUGCUACUACAAGUGACAAGUCCCUGAGCAUCAGAGCGUGUCAUGCCCCAUGGACGGGAUCAGGCCGGGAAUGUGCUCAGUGCUCUAGAGCUGGGCGUCCCCUCCCCGGGCAGCUCUGGAAGGAAGCCCGGGAGUCUGGUCUUCUCCCAGGCUAGCCUGACCGUGCAGAGGACCGUGCCUGGGUGUCUUUUUCCUGGGUGGGGAGAGUCCCCCCAGUACGGGAGGCCCCACGGCCUGCAGCAGGAGGGGCGUGGCCUUCACCCCGGGUCUGGCUCCCCACGCUCACACUUCUGUUACUGGGAACUCCGUUGACAGGUGUUGUGAAUCGAGGCCAGCAGUUUAAAGAUCUCUGAGAGGUGGGGAAGAGGGUGUUUGGAGGAGUGCUGAAGUGAAAACAUGUCAUCAUCAUUUCUGUCAACCUCGCCUUGAGCUCCCCGCUCUUUGCCUGGAUGCCGUUCUCCAAGUCUCCCCUGCCUGUGCCCCCCACACUGCAGCCCUGGCCACGGAGGCUGGCACUGGGCUCUGCAGGGACGGGAGAGCCACCUUUAAUUAGACAGAUUGGGUGGGUACAGGAGCUCCAGAGGGGCAGCAGGUUGCCCCAGGGCCCAGCCUCCUCCCUGUGAGCCCCAAGGAGCCUCAGCACACUCCUGGGGUCGGGUCUCGGAGAGAAGCGGCACUUUGGUGGGCAGCCAGGCUGGUGGUUUGGGGGUGUGGGAAGCAGGGACGUGGGGGAGCUGAGCUGAGGGCUGUCUGUUGGAAGACAACAGCUAGCAGCUGCCCCUUGGCAAGUGGGGACUGCAGGCUGUACCUCCAUCCAGGGCUAUGAAGGAGUCAGCCAUGUAUUGUAACACACAGGACAGGUUGUCUCCUGAGAGCCUGCUGCCUGCUCGGUUCUAUGGGCGAGGCCCAAGGACCAGUGUCUGGGUGUGCACCCCUGCUCUGGUGCUUUUGGCCCAUUGUAAAUUUCGUUCCUCCAUGAGCCCUGCCCUGGUGCAGGGAAGCUCCACUUGUGCACAAUGAGUGUUGCUGAUGGUGGAGGGAGAGAGAGCAGAUGUGCCCUUGAGAGAUGAGGCUGGGGAAGGAGCAUGCUGGUCAGCUGGCUGGAGGGUCUGGCUUGGCUCUGAUGCUCAGCCCUGCACCACAGUGGACAAGUUUUUGUCCCUGGGCCCCAGUGUCCUCAUCUGGGAAGUGGUGUCAACACCAGCCUGCUCCCCCGGCAUGCUACCCCGAGGACAGACACCUCCCAGUGGAGGAGAGCACUGGGUGAACCCACUGGGCGUGUGCGGGAGGAAGGCUUUGAGUUCGCCAGCUCAAAGUUGAGCUGAGUGCAGAGGUUCUUCCGCCUCAGGCAGGGCAGCACCGCCGCGUCUUCUGGCUCUUCUGAAACAGGGGCAUUUUAUGGUACUGAAGUGUGAAUGGCCUCAUUCUGUCCCCUAGAACCUGCCCCCCCAGACCUGCCUCCUGCCUUUCAGGCUCAGAGCCCCUGGGUCUGUUGGCACCAAGUCCUCCAGGGUCCAGGGAGGCCGGUUCUGCUGGUCGUGGUUGAGGCCUGUCCUAGGGAGCCAGGGACCAAACCUCGAGGUCUGUCCCCAAAUGAGGAGCGUUGUAGUUUUCCCCACUGGGAGCAGUGAUGUCAGACUUCAGUUGCUGGGGCAACAUUACUGGCAGGGAACCUGUGGAAACGGCCUGUCAGUAAAAUCUGGGAAUGGCCGGAUAUGGAAACAUCUGGCCGUGUGUACCGAUGACAGAGCUGUCCGCUGCAAGCGCCUUUAUUUAGGGUGAGUUUACCAACUCCAUUCUGUUCCUCUGAUCCGUGCUUUGAACAGAGGACCUUCUUUAACCUCUACGCCUGUGUGAUCCGGGGCUUGCUUCAGACGGCGUAUUUAAUGAGUUACUCAUAUGACGCCCAGGGUUCUGUUUGUUUAAUGGACUUUUCUACUAAGAGCAUAAAGAUUGAGGCUGAUUUAGCAGUCACUUCACACACUCCUUUUUGUGCUCAUUGUCUGUGCUGUAUGUUCAUGGGUCUUACUGUUCUUGUGUCAUAACUAAGAUCUAUUUUGAGGAAACGAUGGGUACCUUUGAACAAACUUCCUUCCACACAGCAGUGAAGCCUAAAGUUACGUUAAUGUACGUGAAGAAUGUUGGGUAGCCAUUUAUAUACUGUGUAUAUGUAUGUUAAACACGGUAGCUUCAGAGGGGGCAGGAAAAUAAAUCUAAGGUGCUUAUUAA